AUGUUAAUAUUAUUAAAAGUUAUUGAUAAUAUGCUGAAUACUAUAUUAUAUAAAAAAAUUAAAUUAACAGAUGAUGUAGUGAAAAAAUUUGAAGUAAUAAGAGCGUUUAAAUAUAAACAAUCUUUAACAAAAAAUUUAGCAUGGAGUUAUUAUGGAGAAUUAUUACUAACUUCGAAUGAAAAUGAUUCAUUAACAAUUUAUAGCUUAUCUAAAGGAAAUAGCUUAAAAACAUUACAUAGUAAAAAUUGUGGUGUUGAUGUUAUUAGAUUUUUGAAUAAUAGUAAUGAUGUAAUUGUUUGCUCAACCAGAUCUAGUAAUUUAGAACACAAACAAUUUCUUAGAUUUUGGGAUAUAAAAGAAAAUAAAUACUUAAAAUCAUUACCACAAAUUGGGAAUAUAUGUGAAUUAAAUGGUAUUUGUGUUAAUCAAAAUAAAAAAUUAAUGUUAGUUAAUUCUGAUGAUGGUCAUGUAAAAUUAUAUUAUAUUAAUUGUGAUACUCCUUUAGUUUUAUAUAAAUCUGAUUUUAUGAGACCUGUUUCCUGUUUUGAUAAUGAAGGAGUCAUAUUUGCUGCAUCUUUUGGUAAACAAGAAAUUCAUUUUUAUGAUUUGUUAAUGUAUGACAGUGGUGAAUACAACAUUUUUAAUUUAAAAAGUAAUAUGGAUAAAAAUGAAUUUAUCACAAACCUCUUAUUUACUCCAAAUAAUAAAUUUAUAAUUAUUUCUACUAAUGAAAAUAAACAUUUUAAAAUUGAUUCUAUUACUGGACAAUAUAUAUGUUCAUAUAAUUAUCCUACAUAUCAGGAAAAUGAUAAUUAUUUUGACAUAAAUAAUAAUUUAAGCAAUGAAAAAAAUAAUAUUUCAAAUUCUACUAUUAAUUUUUGUAAUCAAUCAAAUCAUAUUAAAAAUAACAAUUUAAAUUAUAAUUUUGAAUAUUCAGAAAAUGACUUUUUUCUUCCAACUAUUACACCUGAUGGACAAUACAUUAUGUGUGGUUGGAAAGAUUCAGGUAUUCAUGUUUGGAAUGAAAACGGAAAUUAUAUAACUUCUUUAUAUGGACAUGAAGGACCCCCAAAGAAUGUAAACUUCAAUCCAAAAUGCUCUAUAUUAGCUUCAAGCUGCUUAAAUGUAGCUUUGUGGCAACCAUCUUUGUAA